GCAGAAAGAGAGGAAGGAAGGAAGGGAGGAAGGAAAGAAAGAAAAAAGGAUGGUAAUGGCCCUGUGGUGGCUUAGUCAAACUUCGGAGCAACAGAGUAAGUCCCCUCUUGCCCUCAGGGAUCAAUCCCGGACCUCAGUCCUUCAAAACUGAAGAACACUUAACAAAACGACUACUCUUCGAAACCCAGGCUGGGGAUUAUGCGAAAUGAUCCCAAGCCACGCAAGAUAUGAGAAAAUAAAAUGUCCACGUUCCACCACCAAGGAGAAAUGGAAUACUUAGAAUGUAGGCCCAAAGAAAUGGCCCGCUCUUCCGUGUCCCCGCAUCUUGCUAGAGCUUCAUCGACCGCCUAAAAAGUCCCUUUUAUUUCCGCAGCAGAGCCGGCGGCGUUUGCGGAAGGCCCGGCCCUCGCAGUCCGGUCGCGGUCCGAGCUCCCAGGCCUCCGGCCGGCCUCCCAGCUCGCAGCCUGGGACCCACGCGCCGGCCCCCAGGCCCGCGUGGCCGCCCCGCCGGGCCCCUGUGUCGGGCGCUCCGCCUCUCCCGGCCGGCGGCGGCCAUGGCGGCCAGGCAGAUCCCAGCGUCCGCGCUCGCCGCUCUCGGAAGGCUACCUCAAGCUUUCCGGCCACCAAGACUUCUACGGCUCGUAGGAGGGUUCCGGCAGCACCUCAGCUUAACCCUCUCCUCCGCUGCUGAGGAAGACCGCAGAGGAUCUGGGCCCCGCUUGCAAGGCGGGCUAAAGGGAGACGGCAGGCGUCCGGAGAGCAAAGAGUUAACAGCGGCCGAACGGCGGAUCGCGGACCUGCACGCGGCAGCCUGCGCGACUGGCCAGUUAAACUAUGUGGAUCCAGCUACUGGCUAUACCGUGCUCACACAGCUCGCCCACUUGCAGAGAGGUAAAUGCUGUGGCUCUGCCUGCAGACACUGUCCAUAUGGUCAAGUCAAUGUUAAAGAUCCAUCUAAAAGGAAGAAAUUCAAUUCAUAUUUUUAUGUUUGACAACAAUUUCAUCUCUGUUCUCCAUCUAAUAGAGCCUGUAUUAAAAAAAAAAAAAAAAA